UCAUGGCAGUCAGGAAUGUACAUUGUUGGAGGUUGUCAACCACAAGUCCGUCGAGGUGGCUGGAGUCAGCAGCAAGUGGGCGGGUUUCAAGGACCCACUUUUUCUUGUAAUGGAUUCUUUACCAAAGUGGUACCACAGAAUCUCAGAAAUUCUCGUGGAACUGAGAUGCCCAUGACAAACUUAACCCAACCCGCUUAUAAUGGCAGUGGAGGAGGUAUGCCUAUCCAAGAUGGAGCAGGGUUGCCCAAGGACGAUGUACUGCCCGAACAGUUUGGGGGAUCGUUCUCUGACAAAGCCAUCCGCCAUGCAUUCAUUCGCAAAGUCUAUCUCAUCCUGAUGGUGCAGUUACUGGUCACACUAGGCAUUGUCUCACUUUUUACAUUCCACUCUGGUGUGAAAAGGUUCGUGCGCCAGAACAUGUGGGUGUACUUCCUCUCAUAUGGUGUGUUCCUUGUGACCUACAUAACACUGGUGUGCUGUUCUGGAGUGCGUCGGCGAUGGCCUGGAAACUUUAUCAUGCUUGGCAUUUUCACUUUGUCCUUGAGUUAUAUGACAGGCACCAUUGCUUCUACAUAUGACACUGACAUUGUCAUUAUGACUGUGGGCAUCACUUGUGCCAUCUGCUUCUUGAUUACACUCUUUGCUACACAGACCAAGUAUGAUUUUACAGGGUGCGGUAUCUAUCUGUUCGUGGCAUCCAUGGUGCUGUUCAUCUUUGGAAUUAUUGCCAUCUUCACCUUCAGUAAGAUUAUGCAUACCAUCUAUUCAGCUGGUAUUGCACUGCUGUUUUCUAUGUACCUAGUGUAUGAUACGCAGAUGGUGGUUGGUGGCCGAAAGCACCAGAUUUCACCCGAAGAGCAUAUCUAUGGUGCGCUGACACUCUACCUCGACAUUGUUUACAUCUUCAUCAGUCUGCUUUCACUAUUUGGAAACAAGAAUUAAGCUGUCCAGUACUGUCCCUGAAACAUGCUACGUUACUAUGGAGAUGAUCCCAUUAUAGUGCAGAUGAAACUUUGUAGAGUCAAAGUUGAUAUUUUCAUCCAGGCAUUUUUUGCCAAAUCUUUCAUUUAUCCUGCUGAAGAAAUAGAAAUAACCAUCUCUUCUACCUAUAUUGCCAAUUUUAUGAAGAAGCAAAUGAGGUUGUAAGUCUUUUUACCUGAUGCAUUGAUGUAAGGUGAAACUUUGCCGAUAAACACAUUCUACUUGGGUUCCGUUGGGUUAAGGGGAAGAGGAAGAAAAUACCUCCCAUGUAAAUACUUUUGUAUUCAAUGAUUCUAGAAAUCUAAUGUUCACAGAUAUAC